UCCUCGUCACACAGAUAGUUGUGAUUGCUGCUGGGGGAAGAGAGCGGUUGGGUACUGUUACCUUCUCAGCAAAAUUAUGCACGUUUAAGUCAUGUAAGAAGCUCUGUAAUGUCAAAAGAACAGGAUAAAGAUACCUUCUCGCUCAAAAGAAACCGAGGUAGAGAUGGUGGGCUUGAUGAUCUAGGAGGGCCGGGUGUUCUGCUGGAUAGCUCAGACAAGAAAAAGUGCAAGUUGAACGCACAGGCUCAUUUCUUCGCUCCCCUAUCUGAGUAUGCUCCACCACCAAACCGAAGUGCUGACCACCUAGUGGCUACCAAUCCUUUUGAUGACAACUACAACACACCAUCUUUCAAGCCUCUGUCCUCUGGGAACCCAUAUUUUGGCCACCCUGGCUGCAGUGGCUAUGGCCUGCCCAGGAUGGACCACCUCAUGCCCAAUAGGAUGCCCUCUUCUUACAGGGGUCCCUACCAGAUACGAAACCAGCUCCACCCUUUUGCCCAGACUCAAAUGGGCAUGGGGUUCAAUCGACCCCCUGACUUUAACUAUGGUUACCAUGAAAAUCCCAAUUAUGGUAACCAUCCACCAUUAAGCAACAACAGUAACAUGCCACUUCCACCCAAUCAGCCUUUAAGACCAGGGCCCCAUGACAACUUGAAUCAGGUGCAUCUGCAUAAUGUGACCCAAAGCACUUCUCCUGACAUGGGCCUGAGCUUUAGAUCAGCAGUCAAUCCAAUUGGGAAUCCACCUCCCCAACCCGGCAUGGACCCUAGUCCUGGUUUUACUCGGCAACAGCAAAACAACAGCUUUACCCAGUCCAAUACACCGACACCUAAACAGGACAUGAGUGAGGUGGUGUCAAGCAAAAGUACAUCCCAGAACACAUCUCCACAGAAACAAAGCCAUGGCUCAGAGGAGAUCAUGGGUCAGAAAAACUCUGUCGACCUGAAAUCAAAGAAUAGAGGCACCCUGGUCUGUCAGGGUGCAGGUCAGCCUAACACCACAGAGAAAAUCAACGGCAUCAUCCACCCCAAUAAUGAUUCCCUGAAGAAGUCCCCACAGUCAGGCAGGCACAUGGAGGCAGCCCCCCUGGAGCGGAGUAGAAGCAAUGGAGGUGGUGGUGUGGCCAUCAAUAAGACAUUGAUGCAUCCCAACAGGCCUAGCCACUCCUCCACAGAGCCUGUGUUUCCAUGUGGAGUAUGCCUGAAUGAAGUGAAUGAUGACCAGGAAGCUAUCCUGUGUGAGGCCUCAUGUCAAAAAUGGUUCCACAGGGUUUGUACUGGAAUGACUGAGACAGCUUAUAACCUGUUGACAGCAGAGGUGUCGGCAGUGUGGGGCUGUGACAUCUGCAUGGAGGAGAAAGGGGCACGGCUCCAUAGAACAAAGGAGGUAACAGGGCAGCCAGCAGGGCAGCAGCCAACAGUUAACAGCGAGUGAUAUGGUCAUGAAUAUGGGCCGUCAGUAACAUUAUUCUAUCUUACACUGGUAAUUUUCUUUGGUAUGCUACCUUUGUAGGUGAUUUUUCCUUACGUUUUUACAAAGGGUUACAUUUUUACCAUUUUGUUGUUUUAUUUGACAUUUGGUAUAAUUUGGAUAGCAGUUUCUGUCCCGUGCUUAGACCGAUGCAAAAGCUAGACUGAAGUUCUGUUUAAUGUCAUAUGUAUUCCCUAUUAUUGGGCAGGUACCAUUGGCCACGUUGACCACAAUAAUGCCAUUCUCUUAACGAGGUCCUUACUGUUCCUCUCAACUUUCCUGGCCUAUAGUUUAUUUAAGCUAUUACAACAUCAGUAUGAGUAAGCUAUCCAGAAAGGUUAACUGAUUGACGGAUGCAAACGUAUUCAACGUUUUAAUCCGAUAUGUUUUGCAACUGCUGUUAUAGUUUGACAGAUUUUGAGCAGUAUGAUUGUUUCCCAAAAACUUGGUAGUCACAGCUGGAGUGGUGUUCCAAAGCCAUACACCUGUACUGUAUGCUAUACAACCAGAUUUAGAUCUGAUAAAAUUUUUAGAAAUGAUUCGAUACAUGUGGGUCGUUCCACAAAUUUGAUGCCUUUUGAGAUGUAUAAAAAAAAUGUUUGACAGUAACAGGGUUGAAGAUGUCAUCUUAAAAUCAGCCAUAAAUUCCCUCGUGACAGGGGAAAUUGAUGUUGUGUGUGCAACUGUGAGGGGCAAUUGAAUGCAAGCUUUAAAAAAACGUAUAAAUGUUAAAACAUUUUUAGCCUGUCUAAUCUAUCUAUGGGUAAACAGGGUUGACGUGUUGUGCUCGACCCACUCGGUUUCCCACCACAAAACACCAGACAAUGGCCAAAAAGAGUAGAACCAGCUCACCUGCUUUUACACAAGGAUUUGGCUAUUAGAUGUUCAAUAUAUUUUUUUUUAAGGAAUCGUUUCACAAUAUUAAAACAAAAGUUCAGUUCACGUAACAGGGUUGACCUUAAAAUGAAGGUCAGGGUUUUUUUUUACCUUAAAAAUAAUCACCAAUCACAUUAAAUAAAUAAUCUUCAGAAAUUACUUUGUCAAAGCAACAAAAUAACUAGGGGUUUACAACUUGGAUAAAUCUUAAGGUUUAGUGGGUUAAUAUCUCCCUGGAAGUCAGAGAGUGCAUGGAGGAACAUGUCUAAAUUGUGGCACUUUAGCAAGUCUUUAUUCAUAUUAAAAAUCUGAUUUGUUGAAUUCUCCAUGUGGUUUAUAUUAAAGGGCACUUUGAAUAUAACAGGCUUUUAAAAUUCAAUAUUGGUGCACAAUUUCUAAUUAAAAUAUCAAAAGGAUGCAAAAGGCACUAAUUUUGUGGAACAAUCCAUGUGUGUUUUUCAAACUGUUGAUAUUGAAUGUAUUUAGAGCCUUAAUGAAUUUAGUUUGUAAAACAUUAUGCAGAAUCAAAUCAAAUGUAUUUAUAUAGCCCUUUGUACAUCAGCUGAUAUCUCAAAGUGCUGUACAGAAACCCAGCCUAAAACCCCAAACAGCAAGCAAUGCAGGUGUAGAAGCAUGGUGGCUAGGAAAAACUCCCUAGAAAGGCCAAAACCCAGGAAGAAACAUAGAGAGGAACCAGGCUAUGAGGGGUGGCCAGUCCUCUUCUGGCUAUGCCGGGUGGAGAUUAUAACAGAACAUGGCCAAGAUGUUCAAAUGUUCAUAAAUGACCAGCAUGGUCAAAUAAUAAUAAUCACAGUAGUUGUCGAGGGUGCAGCAAGUCAGCACCUCAGGUGCUGAACAGUUGAAACUGGAGCAGCAGCACGGAUUAAGCUCAUUUAAAUUAACCUAUUAUAUAAAAGACAUGUUAUACUCUAAAAAUAUGUUUUUAGCAUGUGUGCACUUUGCUUUGCUCUAAUUGUAUUAUUUUUGCGCCAACAUGAUGCAUUUAAAUCAACAUUUCUUUAUAUUUUGUUUUCAUUUUAGGAAAGGUCAAAUAAUAUUAUAAUUAGUAAUAAGAGACAUGCUUACUGCAUAAAGGGAAAAUAACCUUGGUUCAAAAUAAAACUUAUUUGUCAAAUUAUAGUUUCAAGCAUGGCUUCCAUUUUUGCUACUAGGGAAGGCAGUUUUAGAAGUAGUUUAAAGUAAACUAAAUAUAUUUUCAAAUGGUUUGCUUUUCUCAUGUAGAUUUGUCUUACUGUUUGGAGAACUUUUCAUUAAGUUCGAUAUUGCAAUAUUUUGGUGAUUCAACUAUUUUCUAAAUUUCCCGCCUACUUUCUAUGGGAGGACAUUGCUCAAGUUAGGCUUCGGCCCAUCAGACAUAAAUAUUGGUAGUUGAUAUUGAUCAGAAAUUUGUUUUCAUAUUGUCAGUCAUUUAAAAAAAAAAUCUAAAUCUUCUAUAAAACAAAUCAAAACUACUGAUCAUAACUACUCAACAACUUUUUAAACUACCCAAUGUGGCAUUGUGAAUGUAUACAGUACUGUGCUCAAUUUUGUAUAAUGUAAUUGUAUCAAUUUUUGCUUCCUUUUUGAACUGGUAUGAACGAGCAGUUAAUAUUUACUGUUGAUUCAGUUCUAACAUCAGGAUCAACAGCCAUACAAGUGUUUUGAUACACCAUCACUUCCAGAUAUUUUACUUAAUAUAUCAAGUGAAAAAACUGCAUUUGUAUGUUGUUGACUGUUAAUUUAUUAGCCAUUUGUGAUGUAGCUGAAUAUUGUGUGAUCAAAAUAUUGAUAAUGUUUAUAGGAAUAAUAUAUUAUUUUCCCAUUCCUAAUGAAUUGAUAAUGGUUUUGAAUCCAGUUUUAUUCGAUUUAACACAAAAAUGGUCAUGUACCAACAUUUUAUUUUCAUUUCAGAAGUACAUUCCUUACAGAAUAACUACUCCACAUACAUAUCUCGUUGUUUGCAAAGUGCAGUUAGCUUGAUUUUCAAGUUCAUUUUUAAAUACUAGAUGAUUGACAGCAGAUGCCUUAUUUUCUUGACAGUUUAAAAUGUUGUUUAUUAGUAAAUGUAAUGUAUGAAUAACCUGUAUGCUCACUGUACAUGCACAUGAACUGUUUGUACUUUUCCUACAUCGAUUGGCCACCAAAAAGGAUAUCAUUUUCAGAUGAGCACCUUAUUAUAUUACCUUUAGAAUAUUGAAUGUACCGGUACAUGAUAUCAAAUGUUAAUUUCACUCAUAAUUACAACAAUGUUAUUGUGGUUUUAUGAAAAUUAUGCAGAGGUAUAUAAAAAAAAAGGCAAACGACUCAAUUGUGAGGUCUGGUAGUAGAUUAGAUAUGAGCCUCUGUAGCAUGAACAAUAUGGUUUAAUUUCUUCAAUGACCCAAAGCUUAAUUUGUUUUGUAUUCUGUUCCUUAUAAUGAAUGUAUGCAGUAAUAGUACAGAUUCCAAACUUUUUUCUAAAUUGACAAACAUUUUAUUGUAUAACUUAUUUUAAUAAAAACAACUUUGAAAUAG